AGAAGCGUUAAUGGUGAACUCGAUUCAUUUUACUGACUUGAGUGUUUUGAACCUUAAGUGACUCUGGUCCUUGAUCCGAAACGGCGGCGAGUCGGUGACCGAGUUAAUGAAGACUGUGACUCCCGAUUGAGAAAAAAUCUUUUGAAAUUUGAACAACUCGUUCAUCACAUGCGCAUAUCUAUUUGGCCCAGCGUAAUGGCCGUGCUGCUUGGCUUCCUUGCAGUAGUCGUCGCUUGUUACUUGUUUAUUUACUAUGGUGUGUUCAGGGGGGCGAGGAUAUCUAUCCCUUUGAAGCUGAACGGGAAAACUGUCAUCGUGACAGGAAGCAACACGGGUAUUGGGAAGGCCACAGCUUUGGAAUUGGCCAACAGAGGAGCUCGAGUUAUUCUGGCCUGUCGUAACAAAGAGAAAGCUGAGGCUGCUGUCUUCGACGUCCGCAGAGAGAGUGGGAAUGCUCAGGUUGUGUUCAUGCACUUGGAUCUGGCAAGCUUGAAGUCCGUACGCAGCUUUGUGGAAACCUUCUUGACAUCUGAACCCAGGUUGGACAUUCUUAUCAACAACGCAGCUCAUAUGGGCCCUGGGCACACGGAGGAUGGCUUUGGUAUGGCGUUUGGGGUCAACCACCUGGGUCACUUCCUGCUCACCAACCUUCUCCUGGAGCGAAUGCAGCAGUGCGGACCCGGUCGCAUCGUCAAUGUGGGCGCUUUCUUGCACCGCCUCGGCAACAUCGAUUUCUCCCUCGUGGCUUCCAAAAAGGAUUUGGUGCCAGCUCAGUCGGCCUGGCAAAACUUUCUGGCCUACUGCAGCAGCAAGCUGUGUAAUGUGCUGUUUACCAGAGAGCUGGCUAACAGGUUGGAGGGGUCAAGGGUCACCUGCUACAGCCUCCACCCAGGGGUUAUCAACACGGAAUUGUGUCGCAAUAUGAGCUGGUGGCAGCAGUUUUUGCUGACGCCCUUUGCAAAGAUCUUCUUUAUGGACCCGGAGGGCGGCUCCCAGUGCACCCUUUACUGUGCCCUCCAGGAGGGCAUUGAGCCUCUUAGCGGACGUGAUUUUUCCAACUGUGCCUUGCAACAGGUGGGACGCAAAGGGCGAGACGAUGCCUUGGCAAAAAAACUAUGGGAUGUGAGUGAGAGAUUAACCGGUUUGUCAUCAUAGUUAUUUGUCAGACGUGACACCACCCUCAGUGCUUCAUUCAAUACUGUUUUGGAAUGAAAGGAUUUUUUAAAUAAAGCUGUUGAAGUAAAA